AUGGCCACAGUUAUCACCAUCCAGCCUUCCUCGACGGCUGGUCCAGCGGCCUCAACGGCCUACCCUCAAAACCACCAUUCUCCCCCCGACCAUCUCCGCCGCUCUCGGCCCCAGACGGCCGCCUCGCCCUCGACUCUAUCGCCCUCCCCCAGCUCGGUCCACUCGACUCUCUCCCGUGCUCCGGGUCGGGAUGGAGCCAGCUGCGACGCCUGUCUUCGGAGAAGGAGCAGGUGUGCUAUGAAUGAAAUGGUCAACAAAUGCUACUCGUGCGACUUUCAUCGGCAGGACUGCACUUUUCAUCUCUCCGCCGUCCCGCCCGCGGAUGUCCCGCCCAAGAAGCGGAAACUGGACGAUUCCUCCGCUCGAGAGCAUGUGGAUUCCGUGAAACGUUCAUCGACUGUUCAAUCGGCUCAUUACGCACACUCCACCCACGAGACUCCUCCGCUCCGGAGCACCCACAACAUGAUUCGCCCUGGGUUCUUCAACCUCUCGACACAAUCCAUUGGGAUGACUACGGAAUUGGAACCCGCACUACUCGACUACCUUCCGCUAGAUGAGCACGACGAGUGCACAGUUUCAACAUCCCGGGUGCGCCGGUGUGCCGACGACGGCACUUUCAUGCGUGUUAUUGAUACUGUUCCUAUCGGUGACUCGCAGGCCGUGUCACUCGAUGCUAUCGAGAGCCUGGUCGCACCAUACGGUGCAACCCUGAUUGAGAAGUUUUUUGAUCAUGUACACCCUUCGUUCCCCAUCCUGAUGGAAGAAGCGUUCCGUCAAUCGUACCGAGAACGGCGAGGACUGUCGCCUUUACUUCUCUCAGCAGUCUAUGUUUUAACUCUCAAGUUCGUCGAUGUGGGAGCGGCCUCGCAGACUGUACGACGACCCGAUGCGGCUAGGUUGGAGAGCACGGCAAUGAAACUGCUGAUGGACUCUCUCCCAUCUCCAAGCAUUUCUACUAUCCAAGCAGGUCUGCUCUUGACCCAAAAAUCCACUUUGGCCACUUCCUCUCUCAACGGCCAGAUGGUCACAGCCGGCUUCGAGCUCGGUCUGCACCAGGACUGCUCGAACUGGCGUAUGGAGACUUGGGAGAAAGGUUUGCGGAGACGGCUCGCAUGGGCGCUGUACAUGCAGGACAAGUGGUCCUCGCUUGUCCAUGGCCGUCCUUCUCAUAUCUUUGCCUUCAACUGGACUGUCAAAGAUCUUGUGGAGGAGGAUUUCUCGGAUGCAUUUGCUUCUGGCACCGACUCUGCCCAUGACGAAGCAGCCGUUGGACACGGGCCCCUUCUCUUCUGCCACAUGGUUGCCCUAACCACGAUUUUGUCGGAUGUUCUGGAUCGAUUUUACACCCUGAAGGCCAUUGAUGACUUCAAGGCGGCUGGGAAGCAACGUACGCGCCUAAUCCUCGACAAGGCCAAGCCUGCACAGAUCCGCUUAAAGGAGUGGUUCUCAUCCUUGCCGGCAGCAUUGAAAAUGGAGUCGUCCUCCGGAGAGCUUGUCGAAACCAUUACCGAUGAACACGCCCGCAAUGGUGCUCUGCACUUGGCCUACUUCGCCACGGAGAUCACCCUUCAUCGAUACAUCGUGCGCUCCCUCUCCGAAGACGGAACGGACUCGUAUCUGGCUCACAUUUGCCGCUCGGCUGCGAAGACGCGUCUCAUCUCUGCCAUGGAUUUUGUGAACAGACUGCGGCCCGCUCACCUACGAUCGUUCUGGCCUGCCUCCGCACGCACGAACUUCUCUCUCAUCGGCUCCUUUGGAAUGCUGCUGCGCAUCACUGCCCCGAGCAAGGAAGAGGCUGAAUUCUAUCGGGUCCGGCUUUGUGAGUAUCGCUGGACUCUGAGCGUCAGCCACAAGAAUGCCGAGUUCAUGAGCUUCGCGCUUGAGAGCCUUGACAACGCCUCCGCUCUGGAUAAACACGUGCCCGCUAAGCCUGGCGUCGAGGAGCUGAUGGCCAACUCGGCAAAGUCUGCCCCUCGGUUACCCGUUACAAGUGUUGUCUCGUACGAUGACUCAAUGAUGGAUGCUGACGGCACCCUCGGUGGUACAGCUGCUUCAUCGUCUGUCAUGUCGGGGCUUGCUUCUCCGGCAACCUCUGUUAGUGAUGGAGAAGAAGAGCACGAUAUGUCUAUGCCUCCUCUUUGA